AUGGUCGCAAGCAGUGUCGAGAAAUGCCUAGAGGAGUACAAGAAGCAGAGGCCCACACACACCGCCUGCUUGCCGCCCAACAAGGAGUGCACCAUUAAGGCCAGCCGCGUAAGCAAAGCUGACAUCAAACUCAUCCUCAAAACGCACAACCACUAUAGAGGCAUGGUUGCUAUGGGCAAACUCAAAAAGUUCCCGGCGGCCACCAACAUGCGGCAGCUCCUGUGGGAUGAAGAGCUCGCUUCUGUGGCGCAGGCCAAGGCGGACCAGUGCACGAACGCCGAUGGAGAACUGCAUCACGAUAAGGCCGCAGACCGGUUCACGACCAAGUUCAAGUCCGUAGGGCAAAACUUGGCCUUCCAGAGAAGCAGUGCUUCUUUCGGGGGAACUGACUGGCCCGGUCAGAUCAAGGCUUGGUUUGACGAGUACGACCACUACCCGCCGGCCAGCGUGAAUAGCUUUGCACCUCCUUCCGGUGAGUCGACGGGGCACUUUACGCAAAUUGUGUGGGCCCUGACAGGCUACGUUGGCUGCGGCUACACCGACUACACCGUCACCGGCGCCAAGGAGAUGCCGUACAUGCAACUCUACGUCUGUAACUACGGCACAGCAGGCAACGUGCUGACGCGUCCUAUUUACCUGACUGGGGCAGUCUGCACCGCAUGCCCCAAAGGCACCACAUGUGUCAAGAAAACCGGAUUGUGUUCCCCUCCUGAAGGAACUGCAGCCCUCGACGAACGGGACACUGGGAGCGAGAACCGUGAAAAAAGCACCGUUAAACCUUCCCCUCCGUAUCGAAAGAAUGGUGCCGGCAUAACCUUUAGGCCAAAUCGGCACGCAAUCUUCGGCAUAUUUGCUGUGACCUAUUUAACCCUCUUUACCUAG